GCAGCGGGCAGUAAUUGUUGGGACUACAAGGACUGUGAAUCGUUUAGGUUUUAUUCUCGGUUCCAAUUAUUAGUUAAGCUGUAGCAAUGGCUACCAUGUUGCCACAGCAGGACAACAGCAACACGUACACUUUCUCGAGUCGCCCGAGAGCCUUGCAGGAAAGGAAGAAAUAUCGGCAGCAGCAGCAGCAGCAAUGUCCAGCAGGAUAUUAUGGAAACAUCAUGUAUGACAGAAGGGUAGUACGAGGAAAUACAUAUGCACAGCAUACCCUCCCAGUGACGGCCCAGCCUGACCCUAUUGAGAUCCAACGACAGCAUGAAAUUCAGAGGAGGGCUGUUGCCAGGAGGCGAGCUAAAGCACAACAGCGAACUGGAACCCCACACCCUGUGGAAGGAAGGAUACACACAGAAGUACAAACUGAAUUGUAUCUGGAAGAACUCAGUGAUCGUAUAGAAGAAGUUGAUGUUGAUACACAAACAGAUGCAUUUUUGGAUAAACCACAAACACCCCUUUUUAUUCCUGGAAAAACGGGCAAGGAUGUUGCUACGCAGAUUGAAGAAGGAGAACUCUUUGACUUUGACAUUGAAGUGAAACCAGUGUUGGAGGUGCUAGUGGGAAAAACUAUUGAACAAGCUCUACUAGAGGUUAUGGAGGAGGAGGAACUGGCUAACCUGCGUGCCUUGCAACGUGACUUUGAGGAGCUUCGCAAUGCCGAGCUAGCAGAAGUACAACGUAUGGAAGAGAAGGAGAGACGGCACAGAGAGGAAAAGAAACGUCGCAUGGCACAACAGCAGGCAGUGCUAAAGAAGGAGAAGGACACUUCAGAUAAGAUCGCAGCCCGUGCAUUUGCCCAAACAUAUUUAGCUGAUCUAAUUCCUACAGUUUUCAGUACGCUUCGGGAUAAUGGCUACUUCUAUGACCCUGUGGAAAGAGAAAGAUCCCAUCCUUUCGAAAUUGAAACAUCUGGUGGUGAUGGGGAAACCAAAGCGGUCAUCACAAUUUGAACUGAAGUGUUUUGAUGGAGAGACCAUCUCAUGGUAGAGGAUGGCAUAUUGUUGUAGAGCACAAGAGUGAUUGUCCCAAGCAAACAUCAUUGCCAAAUACUGGCUGAACUCCACCAGGGCCGUCCAGGGGUUUCUAAAGUGAUGAUUUUGAUGAGAAGCUAUAUCUAAUGGACAGGAUUGGAUGCAGACGUAGCUAUAUUGGUGGGGCAGUGCCAAGAGUGCCAUCAAGGACAGAAAUUACCACCAUCAGCUCAUCCACAUCCAUGGUAAGCCUUGGAUUCGAUUGCAUCCUGACUGUGCAGAUACUUUCAUGGAUUCAAUGUUCUUAUUCAUUGUAGACACCCAAUCAGAAUGGUUGGAUGUGCAUUGGGUCCAUUUGUCAAACGUCGGGGACGUUGAUAGAAAAUUGUUACGUACCUUUUUCAGUGCGUCCCAGAAGUGUUGGUCACAGAUAAUGGGCCAUUGUUUACCAGCAGGGAAAUUAGGUAUUUCCUAAAGUAGAAUGCGAUUUGACAUACAAGGACAGCUCCAUACACCCAACAUCGAACAGCCUGGCAGAAAGAGAUGUUCAAAAUUUGAAGACUGCCUUGAAGAAACAGCCUACAGCCUCACUAGAUACCAAGCUGUCACAGUUCCUAUUUGAUUAUGGGACCACCCUACGUGCAACUGCAGGGAUAGCACCGGCAGAAUUGCUAAUGGGUAGAAGACUACGCUCCAGUUUAAAUCUGAUCUUUCCAGACCUAGGGGGAGUCAAGGUGAAUUGGCAUCAGGAAUGCCAGUGCCGGACACAAGACUUGGCCAAGUAGAGGGAACAAAGUUUGGUGUAAGAAUCAAUUAUGUGGUCCCACAUGGGUGUGAGGUAUAGUUGAUACAAGGUCAGGACCAGUGAUUCAUAAAGUUCAGGUUGGGAGCUAUGGUCCUGAAGUAGCAAAUGGCCCAUGUGGAAGGCACAAAUUCACAAACAGUGUUGGAGCAAAAUAUGCCCUUCGCCUCGGAACAGUCGGAAAAACUGCCAGAAAUCGUGGUUCACCCUCUCCGUGAAACAUUAAUGUCUCCUCAGAAUCAGAAACAGACAGGAUGGAUAUAGCCAUCUUGGCACUUUUGCAGCUAGAAGAAGAGAAUGAAAUUCUACUCAGGUGCUCCUGGAACCCAUGGAUUACUUGCCACCUGUAUCAGACAUCAAGUCAGAGGCACCUGACCCUGUCCUAAAACGCCCUGAAGAGUUCAAGAAAAAGGACUGGCCUAUGACCUCAGAUUGUGGCAGGGAGGGAUAUAAUGAUUGUAAUGAGGGUCAGCCUGCUGGACACAAUAGAAUGAGUUCCCAGAUUGGGGUUGUUAAUCUGGUCCAAUCAGAGAGAUCUGUAUGACAGAGAUACUGCCACUCUGAGGUAGUAUUCAAGUCAAGGACUGUUCAUGUGUAAAUAAAGAGUGACUUGG